AUGGACCGUCAAAUAGACAAGGUUGAUGAGGCGAAUAAGAACCACUCAACGAGCAAAACUGUUCAGGAGGACAGUUCUUGUCCCCCGGCUACUACUCCUGUCGCCGUCCCGAAAGAAGAAAUAAAAAAAGAAGUGGAAUCUAGUAUUGCUUCUUCUUCUUCUUCAUGUAAUACAAAAACAACAGUCGGUGGUGAUUCCAAUGUUGGAAAGGCAGCUGCGGUCAAUAAUAAUGAUUUACAGGACGAGAAACCCCCAGUCGUGUCUUUAGGAGAAUCAGAUACAACUUGUGGUAUUUCCACAACAACAACAACCUUACAACUCACCACCAUAACAAGAAAGGAUGAUGAUGAUGAUAAGAAAAUCCAAAAUAAACUGAUCAUCCUAACCUCCUACUUCUCUUCUUUAUCUCUCCUCUUUUUAUUUAUUUAUUUUUUUUCAGCUCUCCAAGAUACCCCCAUUAUUUUUGCCCUCUCCAUCUGCUUUAUCAUUGUUUUUUCUUUAUUCAUUCACGAUUGA